UCUAACCUCAAGGUCUAUUAAUCUGGCUCCUAUCCCUGGGUAGAGCGAGUGGCACUUACGUUCUAAAUCAUAUAAAUAUGUGACUUGCCCUUUGUAAGGCUCUUUCCAUUAAGUUUGUUAUCUCAUCAUAAGAAUGGAAAAUGUACACAGGUGGGUGCCUAAACCUUGAGAAUUUGACCCGCAGGUGGGAAUUUUACCAUGUGGAAAUUCACCCAAGUUCUUAGACUGCUGGCAGAUCAGCCUUGGCCCUGGUCCCUAUAAAUAACUUCAGGAGUGAUGCUGACUGAGUUCUAGAUUCUAGCAAGAUCCCUGAUCAUGAGGUGGAUCCUGUUUUUUGGUGCCCUUUGGGGGCAUAUCUACUGUCAAGAAACAUUUGUGGGAGAUCAAGUUCUUGAGAUCGUACCAAAGAAUGAAGAACAAAUAAAAAAUCUGGCAGAACUGGAGGCUGAAGAAGAUCUUCAGCUUGAUUUCUGGAAAUCACCCACCACACCAGGGCAGACAGUCCAUGUCCGAGUUCCCUUUGUCAGUGUCCAGGCAGUGAAGGUUUUCUUGGAGUCCCAGGACAUUGCUUACUCCAUCAUGAUCGAAGACGUUCAGGUUCUGUUGGACAGAGAGAAUGAAGAAAUGUUAUUUAAUCAAAGAAGAGAACGAAAUGGUAACUUCAACUUUGAGGCUUAUCAUACCCUGCAAGAGAUUUCCCAAAAAAUGGAUGACCUCGUGGCUGAGUACCCCGAUCUAGUGAGCAAAGUGAAUAUUGGCUCCUCUUUCGAAAAUCGGCCCAUGAACGUGCUCAAGUUCAGUACUGGAGGAGACAAGCCGGCCAUCUGGCUGGACGCCGGGAUCCAUGCUCGAGAGUGGGUUACACAAGCUACUGCAUUGUGGACUGCAAAUAAGAUUGCCUCUGAUUAUGGAAAUGAGCCAUCCAUCACUUCCAUUUUGGACACAAUGGACAUCUUCCUGCUGCCCGUCACAAACCCCGAUGGAUAUGUGUUCUCUCAAACCAAAAAUCGUAUGUGGCGAAAGACCCGGUCCAAAGUAUCUGGAAGCCGCUGUGUUGGUGUUGAUCCUAACCGGAACUGGGACGCAGGUUUUGGAGGACCUGGAGCUAGCAGCAGUCCUUGCUCUGAUUCAUACCAUGGACCCAGUGCCAACUCUGAAGUUGAAGUGAAAUCCAUAGUGGACUUCAUCAAGAGUCACGGAAACGUCAAGGCCUUCAUUACCCUCCACAGCUAUUCCCAGCUGCUGAUGUUCCCCUAUGGGUAUAAAUGCACCAAGUUAAAUAACUUCGAUGAGCUGAAUGAAGUGGCCCAAAAGGCUGCCACAUCUCUGACAAGCCUGCACGGCACCAAGUACAAAGUGGGUCCUAUCUGCUCAGUCAUCUAGAGAGGAAGGGAGAGAUGGGGGAGACAGGGAAAGACAGAGCAACAGACAUCAGUGUGAGAGCGAAAUGUUGAUUGGCUGCCUCCUGUAUGCUCCCUGACUGGAGACUGAACCCGCAACCUAGGUAUGUGCCCUGACUGGGAAUCGAACCAGCAACAUUUUGGUAAAUAGGAUGAUGCUCCAACCAACUAAGCCACCUGGCCAGGACCCACUAUAGACUUUUCGUGUGAUUGGCUCUGUCACGUAGCCACACCAAAGGCGUGAGUUAGCACUUUUGGCACCCAGAAAGGCUCGGUUCAAGCCAGAAACCUUUCCGUAUUUGCUGUUUACCAGGCGCUACUAUAGCUGCUGUGAGUGGAGACAGACACUGGUCAGAGGAGUUGUGUCCAUUCACAGUAUUAACCGCGAGUCCUGCCCGCCCUGGGACAGCCUCCCCCGUCUUCCUCUUUGUCCGACCCGUUCUUAGGGAUGCGGUGGCUUCCUCCAUCUCUGCCUCAGGCAGCUCCUUCAGUUCACCUCUACCUGCCCUCUAUGGGCGGGACCUCAAGCAGGUCCAUCACUCAUCUCUUCUGAGUCAUAAUCACCCCAAGUCUUUGUAGGCUAAUGCCACCUUCCUUCAUCAUGUGUCUUGUCAGCGGUCCCGAAUGACACAGGUGCAUGUUACUCUACUGCAUGAGCC